UCAAUUUAGAAAAGAUUAUCUAUUCUCAUCUAUUUAAUAUAAUUGUAAAGUUUUUGAAUACAUGGUGCUGGUUUUUUUCUCAAAAUGUUUGAUUCAUGACUAUUUUGUUCUAAACUCAUCGUGGUGAAAUUUUUUAAAACUUGAAAUAAUGUAAUCAAGUUCAUUGCUGCACAUCUAUCAUCAAUACAAUGAACACGCGUCUGAUAGUUUUGGUAAUUUGUGAAAUUGCCUUCGUCUUAGCUGAUUCUCAUACUGAAAUUAAUCAGACCAUUUUGUCAAGUGAUGCCCAACCAACAACCAAUUCGAUUGUCGCCUCUAUUCUUAGCAAUGGAAUUAACUCAACUGCAUCACAAAGCUCUGAAAAUACAACCUCGAUUUCUUCCCAACAAAUAGCCAACACCUCUCAUGUUGUUGGAACCACUACCAGCCUCCUUACUACUGCCACUGUCCCCACUACAAGUAUUCCCAUUACCAAAAACUCAACCCCUAUCAUUACCACUAAUAGCACUAUCACUAGCACAAUAAUUAUUACUUCCACCACCUACACCAAUGCAUCAAAUAGUUCGUUUUCUUCGACCACCUCCUCCACUUCCACUUCCUCCUCUUCUCCCUGUUCCCCCACCAGCUCAAACGACAACUGGCACCUGACAAAAAUUCUAACCAAAAAAGGAAUCGACCUCUCAAACCACGACGAUAAAUCCGUACAAAUCGCCACACCCGACGAUGGAGACUUCCAAUCCUUCAUCCAAGACUCAUCCCUGUGGGUAGACAAAUCACUACUUAUCAGAAAAUUAUGGGAAGGACUACAGGAUCGCAACGUGAUUAUCACAGCUCCACCAAAAUGGGGUAAAACCAUAAGCCUUUCCAUGUUCAAAUUCUAUUGCGAGUUGUCAUUAGAUGCAGACGGAUUCGAGACACCAAAAAGCCAAUCAGCCAGUCACCUUUACUUUAACGAAGGCAAAGUAGUCUUGAAAAAUGGAACCAUCCAAGAACUGGACAGAUUACCUUUGAUAUCAGGUUUCGAUGAACAUCUAGGAGAUCACCCGGUCAUAUUCAUGUCAGGAGUGAACCUUACGAUGGAAAAUAUCCUCGAAUCGUUGAGAAUGAUGAUACAUCAAACCUACAAACGUCACAAAUGUCUACUCACGCGACUCUAUACCGAACUUGGCAAUGCUAAUGAUCAAGGAAAACCCCUCGUACAAGAAGACAUCGAAGAAUUUCGAGCAUUUUACGAUCUGGAGAAGACGAUGGUGUUAAACGAAUCUCAUGUAGUUAGAGGUAUACACCAUUUGAGCGAAAUAUUACAUAAAGUGUAUAAAAAAAAAGUGGCCAUACUUUUCGACGACUACGAAUAUUUCGUCUACAAAACCUACUUUACGGAUAGACCAUCGAAUUUCACUAAUUCUAGUAGUAAUUUCGCCACUAUUUGGGAUUCGUUUAUAUCGCAUACGUUCGAAGAAAAUGAACACUUGGAGAAAGCCAUUUUAACUGGAGCCAUAAGAGCCUACGAUCCGAAAACAGUUUUGGGUUCUCUUAAUUACUACAGAGCGUAUGUAUUCGACGUUGAGGAUCUGUUCCCUUAUUACGGUAUUUUUGAAAAUGAAUUCCUCGAAAUGGCUCGUCUCAGAGGUAUCGAUAAACAUACCAUUAAAAAUGCUACCCAAUGGUAUGGUGGGUAUCGAACUCGUAGUCAUCUGAAUGUUCAAAUGUACUCUCCCCACUCGACGACAAGAUUCAUUAGCACGUUACAAAUUCAAAACUACUGGCCUAAUUCGUUGCUGUCCGAUUUCGUCCAGAAACUUAUUCAAAAACCAAAAUUACGUCAACGUACUUGUAAUCUGGCUAAUGAUUACGUCAAGAAUGAAACAUGUCCGGCGGGUAUCUUUCCUAAGUAUUUUAAUGGCAUGACGUCGCAGAAUUAUGCCGAAUUGCAGAAAUUAGCGAUGGGUCAAAUUAGAUAUUCUUCAGUACACGCGGACAUAGUUGCCUCGGUAUUGAUUUCCAGUGGUUUUGCAGCUGUGCAUGAGCAUAAUCAUGGACCUUAUUAUAUUAUUAUUAGAAAUGUACCUAAUCGAGAGGUUUAUAGCCAGGUUUCUAGAAUUGUGAAUGUGGAAUGAUCAGGUUUUUAAAAAGUGAAUAUACGAGUAUGUACCUGCCUA